UAAUCAACGUUUGUAAAAAGACACCAUGUUGUUGUUGAUACAUUAAAAGAGAAUCGCAACAACAGUACUUCUUUAGUGCCAAACUCCAUUACUCGAUAGCGCCAACUCUGCAAAAUCUCUUCACACCUCCUCGAUAGCGCCAACUCUGCAAAAUCUCUUCACACCUCCUAUGUUUUUCCGUUUAAGACUACUCCAGAGCUUAAGCCCCCGCCUUCAUCCCGCCGCCAAUCAGUUUCGGUUCAUCAGAACUGAGCAUGGUGCAAACAGGCGGCGGUCGAAGUCGCCGCCUUUUCCAGUGAAAAAGACCGACGAGAAAUCGGAGUGGUGGAUAGUCGACGGCGAGAUGCACGAGAUCGGAGAUCACGUACCUCCACGUGAGCGCUUUGUUAUUCCCAGAGACAAUAUCCCCAACAAGCGCCGGAAGCAUCUCAGAGAGCAGUUCAUGCGCCGUACUCGCCUCGUUCUCAAGGAAUCGGAGCAUGAGCCCUGGUGCAAAAGAUAUAUGGAACUAUACCAGGAACUCAGAGAGAAUUGGGAAAGGUUAUACUGGGAUGAGGGCUACUCUAAAAAAAUUGCCCAAGAUCAUGCAAACUAUGAGUCUGCUGAGGAUGAUGAUCAAGACUUUAACCCAUACAGGAGCAGGCAAGCGGAGCAGGUGAAGGAUCAAGGUUUUGGGAGAAAUAGGCAGAAUGAAACAAGGGAAAAGCUCAGCCAAAUUCGGGACAAAUUUGAAUAUGAUAGAGAGAAAAGGAUGAGGGAAAAAUCAUUUGCACCAAUGAAUAGAGGAUCGCCUUUGGAACUACCUGACCCAAAUUCCAGGAACCAGCCAUUUGAUGCCCGAAGAUAUUUCACUGAUGAAAGUGACUGAAAACGAAGAGUUGUUGCUCUUGAACUUUAAUGGCAAAGUUCCUAAAACCUUGGGAGAGGUCUGCUGGAGGAGUGAUACAGAUAAUAUCUGUUAUGGAUAUUCACUGAUUGAUCAUUGCCCGACUAAACAGGAAGCAAAAUGGUCUCUGAUAAUGUGAAGAUUAUGGUUCCUUUCUCUAAUCUAGUUCUAGUCAUUUUUUGGCUUACAGCAUCCUUCAUCCAAAAUGAAAAUGCUUGUAAGAUAUUUUAGUUCCUUGGUACUUAAAAACAUUUGUAAGAUUAAGUUAGUAUACAUAAUUUUGUUAUCAGGUUAAGUUCAUGUCAUUCUGCAAAGCAUGAUUUCCCUUUUUAACUUGCUAGGUACUACCCACAGUGUACAAUAAGCAUCAAGUGACUAUAAAAUCUCUUUGUAGAAAAUGUUGGUUAUUGAAUCUUUUCCUCGGACAA